UUUCGAUAUAAAAACUGUCACAAAAUAGAAGUGAAAAAAAUUACGUGACCAAACAUGUCAGAAAAAAAUAAUCAAGCAAAUCAGCCACUAAAUAAUCAAGGCUACAGUGCACAACCCUCUCAAAUAGGUGCUCAAAGUUAUGGUUUUCAGCCUCCACCGUCAAACCAUCAAAAUUAUGGAUUCCAACCUCCACCGUCUUAUGAUCAGAGUUUUCCAAAUCAAGGUCAGCAGCAACAACAGUUUUAUCCAGGACAACAAGGAACUCAAGUUGUUACAGGCACUUCAUAUGGUCCAGAUCCCAAAAUAAUAACGUGUCCAAGCUGUGGAAAAUUGGUAACAACUCGUAUCGAUUAUGAAUCAUCAUCUAAAACUCAUUUGAUGGCUGGUCUUCUUUGUCUUCUUAUUUGGCCAUGUUUUUGGCUUCCGUACGCUAUCGACUCAUGCAAAAAUGCCAAAAAUCAGCCACCGUCUUAUAAUGAUCAUUCAAAUUUUCAAACCCAACCACCACAAAAUUUUCAACAAUAUCCACAAACUUAUCCACAACCACAAGUAGUUACAGUCCCUCCAAAUACUUUCCAUACUGUUCCUCAAUUUACAGUCGUAACUCAGCAGCCAACAGCUGGAGUUGUGGUUGGAGUUACUCCAUUAUUGGGUCCCCUUCCAAUAGUAAUGUCCUGUCCAUAUUGUUAUGCGAUUGUAACAACAUCAGUAAAGAAUGAAAUAUCAUUGCGAACACAUUGCUGUGCAUUAGGUCUUUGUUUGGUGGGUCUUUGGCCAUGUGCAAUAAUGCCAUACUGUUGCGGUGGGUGCUGUCAAAAAACUGUUCAUACAUGUCCUAACUGUAACACAUUCAUUGGAAGUGAUUGAAAAUAAUGAAAUAAAAAGAGACUGACUCAUUGAAACUUUUGAAAAUAUUAUAUAAAUCUUUG